GAUCUAAUAGAAUCGCUAAAGCAUUAGGAAGUUCAACAGAAACUGACUGAGAUCAUGUGCAUGUAUUCGCUUACGUAGCUUUCAGUGAGGAAUUCUGAUCUGUGCGGGAAGAUAUUUAAAUUGCCGGUUCUUAACUGACAGUGGAAACUCCAAGAAGAACACCUGAUAAGAAUAGUCUCUCACUAGGUUUGUGGAUAUAUUUUGCAAUUAUGUUAAAUCCAGAGGCAAGAAGAGGGGUACGAAUGGCUGGGCAGCUGAAGAACAGAGUGGAAGAGCUUAAAAAUCCCUGGAGACAAAGCUCCCCCCUUGUCUUUAAUUACAAUGAAACAGCUCGUCUUGCCACUGAUGCCUUGGUGGAACGUGGGGAGAAAGCCUAUCUGCAUGUCCUUCAGGAAGAAAAAGAACUGCCUUUCCUGUCCAGCUUGGACAUUGACUUCAUCUGCAACAAUGUCGCUGCCAACGAAAAAUCCAAUCACUCUAUCAUUUCUGAUAAGGACCUUGAUGGGACCAUAUCAGAAGACCACUGUCCAUCUGAGCUGACAUCUGGUACCUAUUUUCCUUUCAUGUCAGACUUUGAUGCACCUGACUUGGAACUGGGCUGGCCCGAAAUUCCGUUGACCACUAAAGCCAAGAAAACAGAAGUUCAAGUUUUCUUCCAGAAGCAUAGGUCCAACGAGAUCAAGGAACUGAUAAGGUCGCACAUAAAUAUGGCAAAAAGAGUCAUUGCUGCAGUCAUGGAUCUAUUCACCGACGUGGAUAUUUUAUGUGACCUCAUCGAAGCGGCGAGCAAACGGCGAGUGCCAGUGUACCUCCUGCUCGAUGAAAAGAACCUGGAGCAUUUUAUCGACAUGUAUGAAAAGCUGGGAUUCAACAAAACUUCCUUUGAAAAUAUGAAGAUCCGCACGAUCACCGGGGACACGUAUUGUACUAAAUCAGGAAAGAAGUUUAGUGGGCAGUGCAUGGAGAAGUUUCUAAUGACGGACUGUGAACAUGUGUUUGCUGGAUCUUACAGUUUCUGUUGGCUUUCGAGUCACGUGCACAGCAACAUGUUGACUUACUUCAAAGGAAAUAUAGUUGAAGAGUUUGACAGGGAAUUUAGAUGUCUCUAUGCAGAAUCGCUGGAAGUUGAUUAUUUUAAUAACGCUGAAAAUGAGAACAGGUCUUUCAUGCAAGGAGUGACGCGGAACCGAUGGACCCCUUUAAAAACCCCACCCGCGCCUCUACCCAUUUUUGGGCACUCGACUCCUUCCAACAGCGACUCUAGCUCUGACAGCCAAUCAAGCGUCAAGACUCCUCCCUUUUCAAAGAACCAGGCCAACACCAUCAUUCACGAAGAGAGGGUAAUCGGUUCCAAUCACAUCAGUAAAAAGGAAAACGAUCAAAGUAAGCCGAUGGUGGAAAACCUAGUAGAACGUAGACAAUCAGAUCCUGAACCAGACAUGAAAAACCUUCAGAUUAUGCAGAAGUCUCCACUCUCAAGGUCUUCUCCUGUUCUCACCGACAAAAACCAACUACCGCCCACUCCUCAAUAUAUAGGUAGGUUUGGCGGCUUGCAGAGCAAGGCUUUGCAAUCUGAAAACAAGAUGACCCCCCGAAUGAAAAGUGAUAUAGCUCUAAAUAAGCUUCCCAAUGGUGCCGGCAUGGAUGGUAGAAAGGAUGGUGAAGUCCUAACAAAUGGGAAACACGAUAUGCCGGCCAUUAAUUCCAAACGAAUGACACUUGGACACAGUAAACUGGAACUCAUCACACAAUACAAUAACAUGACAAAAAAAGUCUUCAGUCGAUUUGAAAAAUAAACGAGUUUCACCUCGUCUGAUUCUGCUUGGAGUACGGGUGCAAGUCUACGCCAAAUUAAGACUUCUAACCACACAUCCAUCCGACUGCAGAAAUGCAUGUACAUAAUGAUAUUGCGUUGCGUUAUAACAAACCAUUCCGAAGAGAGAUCAACAAUCCCAAGAAUGUAUGUGAUCACCUGUUUCCAUAAUCAUUUUUAGUUUUUGCCUGAAAAGUUUUAAAUGGAGGCAGGACCAACACAUGCUCGGGUGGUUACCCUCCAGCUGCUACUGAACUGAAAGACUUCUUUUUCUCCCAAAAAACCAAAGGCAAUGGAGUAUGAUGGAACUUGAACCCUGAAAAUCAUGUGCUGGAUAUCAUGGAGGUGUGGAAAGCUUGCUUUGUUGAGACGUUUUUUAAACUCUGAAUUUUUCUGUAAUAUUUUUGGGGUUCACACAAGGUGACUGAGAUACAAUGGUGUGUGUGUGAAAACGUAUAUAAGCUUGAUAACAGAAGUCAUUAAAUAAAGCUGUACAUAGAUUCUGAAAAUAAAAAAUUUGAGGAAACAAAUGAUUGAAUAAAAGGUAAAGCCACCAAA